UCGCGGGUUCGAUUCCUGGCCCAAGAGGCUAAGAACCCUAGAAACAGGGACCUUAUCAAAAUUCCAUGGCGAUGGCUAUGGAGGCCACUCUCGCGGCAUCGAUCGCCAAUGCUGGUACCCUUGGCGCCUCCGCCUCGGAGAUAUGGAGCCCCUGCUGCUCGCGGCAGCGGAUCCAGGCGGCGCCAAUGCGGCGGGGAUCGCUGCUGCACGUGGAGAUGGCGAUCAGCCGCAGGAAGAAGGAGGAGACGGUCGAGAAGGUAAAGCAGCAGCUAGAGACGAGCUACCUGGUGGCCGGAGUGAAAUACAAGGGCCUCACGGUCCAGCAGAUGCAAAAUCUCCGGAGGAGCCUCCCGGAAUCGACCAAGCUCAUCGUCGCCAAGAACACUCUGGUGGGCAAGGCGAUCGAAGGGACAAAGUGGGAGGCUCUCAAGCCUUGCCUCAAAGGCAUGAAUGCGUGGCUCUUCGUCCACACGGAGGAGAUCCCGUCGGCCUUGAAGCCAUACCGCACGUUCCAAAAGGAGCUCAAGCUGGAAGACAACGAUUUCACUGGAGCGGUGUUUGAAGGGAAGUUCUACGCGCCCGAGGAGUUCAAGCAGCUGGAGACGAUGCCCACUCGAGCGGAUGUUUAUGCGAAGUUGCUGGGCGUUCUCAAAUCGCCAUCUUCCAAAGUUGUGGGAGUUCUCCAAGCUCCGGCCAGGAAGCUACUGCUCACGCUCAAGGCCUACGUCCAAAAGCUAGAAGAGGAAGAAUCAAAGUCGUGAGUCCUCAAGAGAGAAAAAGCGCAAACUUUCAUGCGCCAGUGGAACCUUGGAUUGAGCCAAGGCAUUUAUGGCUUUGUUAUUCACCUCCUUUGGAAGCUCAGUUCUUUGGAUUUUGAUGAUAUACUUCAAGUUUUAAA